AUGUCAAGGGAUCUGCUAUCUGAGCGCUUGGCUCUAUACCCAAUGUGGAUUUACGUAAAGGAUCGUCUAUCAGUUCCUCCAGCUGCAAGGCUGAGAGUAGUUGUUCCUGUGAUCCAGCUGAGAUCAUGGUACCUGAUCAGGGAUGAGGCUCGAUAUGGGGUCCUGCCUGUCCCUGUCCAUGAACGAUCCUCGGUUUGCUGGCCGGGAAACACCGACUGCAUUCACUCGCGGUACUUUAGCCACGAACCGCACUUUGAACCUGGGACGGCGUUGCCUGACAGGCAGGCUUUAUUCAGCUGGCCCCAGAUUCCGAACUAUUGGAUUCUAACUCUGUCCCAUGCAGGAGACCAAGGUGCCACAGACUAUGACUGGGGCGUCGUUCAUCCGGAAAUCCUUCGGCUUACCCUUCCAUGCUCCAGCUUCCGGAAACCGGAUAGUCUCUCGUCUGCACAGCACCGAUCUAUCCCGAUGCGACUUGCUUUUGAGGUAAUGUCCAUCGGUACUCUCGACCGAGUGUGA